AUGAUGAUGUAAGUUAUGUUCAAGCGUUCAGCAUUUGAGAAAAUGCAAAAAGUUCCAUCACGAGAAAACCAUUCAGCCCUCAUAUUAAAAUUCUGAAAUGUUGCUCUUGCAGGUUCGCUCCUCGCCUCAUCUCGUCCGCCGGGACUUCAUCUCCGAUGCCAACGUCAGCUCAAUCCGAGCCAAAACAGCCAGACACACCCAGACCUAAGUAAGGUUGGGUCUGUCUGGGGAGACAAUUGAUAUAAUCGCUCAAUUUUUCCCCAGCAAUAAAUCAUUUUAAAAUCAAACCUGUUUUAAUGUUUAUUUGAAAAAACGCUUCUACAUAAAAGUUCGCAGACAUACGCACACGCGGAUCUUCCUCUCUGUUUUCUUCAGUUUCUGAAAGAAAUGAGUGAAAUUAUGCGGAAGGCAACAAAGAUUGUUACCGUCCAACUUGUACUCGAGCAAUGCGUUCAUUCCCAGCAUUUCAGGAGUCCUUGUUGAACCGCUUCAAACAGCAACGCACAAUCAAACUGAACAGAACCUUCGAUCAGGAGACGCGCGAGAGACAUUCGUUCUAUUCGCAAAUGUCGGAGUACCAAUUGGAGCGUGAAUAGCGCCGUGAGCCUCUUGAGGAGAAGCAGGAUGUCAAGACUGGAUGUAUUAGGUUGUUCGGAAAGUUCCAGUCAUUUUUGGGUUCAGAAAAAUUUAUUGUGAAACAAGUCAAAGAGUUAUCCGAUUAAUUAGACAUAUUGCCCAUGUUUUUCGAUGAGUGUCUGCCAACGUGUCACCAACUUGUGGAUACCUUCCUUCCAGAACUCCUGCUGCUGGGAGUCGAAAAAUGAAGCCAACUCGAUUUUGAUAUCUUGUCUUGAGUUGAAUUUUUUUCCACUGAGAUGGCGUUGGAGGUGACUGAAGAGAUGAUAUUCAGAGGAUCCCUCUCAAUCUCGCUUUUCAAUGCUUCCAAGUCUAAAGAUAUCGGUCUUCCUGAACGUGGAUGAACAUCCAUCGAAAAUUCCCCUUUUUCGAAUCGAUGAAACCAGAUGCUAAUGGUAGUUCGAGUGGGUGCAUCUUUGUUGUAAACCUCCGUGAAACGGCGAUCAAUGUCGGCAAUUUUCAGGUCAGAUAGAAAUAGAAAUAAGAUUACAUUUGGGAAAUGUAAGUUGUUAGGGACGAAAACGUUCGGCAUAUCUCACUACUCGGGAACAGGAAAAUGAUAUCCGUUGCUGUGUUGACACUUCAAUACCCUACCAACAUACUGAAAAAACGACAACUAACGUGCUUGCUUCCCGAUAGAAAAAACAAUCUUCAAAAACAUAGUAUGAAAAAUGACUGGAACUUCCCGAACAACCUAAUAGCAAGACAGUUGCGCAAGGCCAACUCUGAGAUUCAGCAUACACACAGAUUUCAGCAUGUUACCAUACUUUUCCCCUGUAUAUUGGGUAAAAGUUACAGACAAAUCGGACUAUCGACUCUGUGUUGAAUGCUUGCAUUCGAAAUCGAAAAUCAAGACCGCAGGAAUUUCAGCUUCAAGCGGACUUGCGGCAUAUUUCAAAGCAAUCGACUCAAUUACCGUUGGAGAUUAGUGAUAAGGACUCCGACAAAGGGCUCUGAUGGGAAAGAACGAUUGGGAUUUCAAAACGUCGUGACACCGUGCCUAGAGGAUUCAGAAAAAGAGUGAUAAGGAAUUGAAGGAUUUUCGAUUUCGAAUGCAAUCAUUCAGCACAGAGUCGAUAGUCCGAUCGGUCUGUAACUUGGACCCAAUAUACAGGGGAAAAGUAUGGUAACAUGCUGAAAUCUGUGUGUAUGCUGAAUCUCCGAGUUGAGCACGUCUAUGUUAUGCAUGUUUUGUAAGACGUGCGAGAUAAUCCUACUAUCUUUCUCGCUAUUCUCGCGUUUGUACUUUACUGUUAGGUUUUUGGAUACUGCGGCCGACACAGGUAUUCCGAACGGCCCCCGCACUCGUUUUCUGAUCGCCUGCGAUGCAAACGUGCAUUUCUGUCCGUUCUCCAGAAAAUACAUAAAAAUGGGAGAGGGGUGUUCCGUUUUUUUCCAUUUUUUAUCGCUGAUCGAAAUAAUAAAAAGAUCAGCACCAAAAAUUCGGAUAUAAAAGCGCUCCGCUCGGCCAGGAAAUUCAUUCGCAUCCAACCAGUCUUCCGGAUUCGACUCUCUUCUCUCCAGGACAAAUCCGAAACAUCAUGUUGUAAGUUAUUUUCCAGCUUUCAGCAUUAGAGAAAAUGAAAAGAGUUCCAUCACGAGAAAACCAUUCAGCCCUCAUAUUAAAAUUCUGAAAUGUUGCUAUUGCAGGUUCGCUCCUCGCCUCAUCUCGUCCGCCGGGACUUAUUCUCCGAUGCCAACCUCAGCGCAAUCCGAGCCAAAGCAGCCAGACACACCCAGACCUAA